UGCUUUAACCUUACGAACUCACAAUGUUUUAAGCUUUAAAACAAUAAUCAAGCAUUCGCAAGAGAACGCAAACCCGCUGCAACUAAUAGUAAUUCGUGAGAGUAAAUAUUCGGGAGGAUAGCACCCACCCACCGCAGACACACAGCCUUCUCGGACUGUGGCACGGCUCGGAAUUAAUUAUCCAAUUGAAUCGCGGCUACAUAAAUAUCCAAGUCGAACGACCAUCUUCGUGUCCCCAGACAAUUUCCUACCACCAAGCUCGACAUUUUAAUGUUCGCUCAAGAUUAAAUCGUUCAAUAGAGCCUCUAUAUAAACCAAGAAGUCCCAAGCCGAUAAUGCCUUCUUUAGGUCCCGAAUUACCUCCACAUCUUCAAAAGCGCAAGCGCUCAAUCGAUGAUUCUGAACUACCUAAUUCACCACCUCGCAAAUUGCAAGCAGCAGCACCACCACGAGUUCUUGGACCCUCUCUACCACCUACCAUAAAUCCUGAUGAAGUAAAUAUAGAAAAUAGUGAUGAUGAUGAUUAUGGUCCAUCAAUUCGACCAUCAAAUUCUAAGAGACCUGAAUCUCCACCACGAAAAGUUAUAGGACCUUCUGCGCCGCCGAAAUCUACUUCUCCUUCCGUCAUAGGCCCUUCACCACCGUCCAAAAACCCAGAUGAACUCGAAAUCGAAAGUUCUGAUGACGAUGACUCUUACGGUCCUUCUUCAAUUAAGAAUCAGUCGAUGGCUGUCCCGCCACCAAAGCGCGUUCUAGGGCCCGCUCUCCCACCUGCCUCUCUUGCAGAACGCCCUUCAUACCCCCCGAACUCUGACUCUGAUAGCGACUCAGACUACGGCCCAUCUCUUCCGCCUGCAGCAGGUAGUACUGCCGCUAUCGCUCUCGAAAAUCAGCGCGCGCAGGAAGCCCAAGCAGCUGCCGCUAAAUCAAAUGAGCCCUCAAAGCCUCAACGUCCAGACUGGAUGCUGGCUCCUCCGACUUCCUCUGACUGGACCUCUAAAAUUGAUCCCACGAAGUUGAAAGCGCGCAAAUUUGCAGGAGGCAAAGGUGCUAAAGCGCCGGGAGAGAAAACCGGUGUAUCUGCCAUCUGGACCGAAACUCCUGAAGAAAAGCGUCAACGACUCGAAGAUGCAGUUUUGGGCCGUCAAGACUCUGAUACUUCUUCCGCGCGCACAAGAGUUGAGACCAAGGUGGAUGAAGAGACAGAUAAGACAGUUAGGGAGUAUAAUGCCAAGAACAGGGGGAAAUCUCUAUAUGAAGCACAUGCAGACGGAAGCGUGGUUGCAGGAAAGGGGAAGAAGGAGGAAGAGGAUGAUCCGAGUCAGAGGGGUUUUGAUAGGGAGAAGGAUAUGGCAUUGGGGGGACGAUUAGGGCAUGCCAAGAAGAAAGAAUUGUUGAAUCGAGCAGCAGAUUUCGGGAGUCGAUUUCAGAAGGGUAGCUAUCUGUGAUGCAGUGGUUGAACCAAGAAUACAGAUCAACACAGAACAUAAUGGUAUGAGUUCAUGAAGCGACAUGAUGGGGAUCACCCGCAUAAUUUACAGCUUUACAGAAUUAGAUACACAAGCAUAGCUUUGAAGACCAGUAGAGGUCAGUCACAUUACUUUAAAUACAUGCUUUCUAUUGCUUGUUAUGCUUUCCGUUUCUACGUAUAGAUACAUUCUCUCAACAAUAUUCUCAUAUGCCUUGCCACCUACCGAACCCUCAUAUACUGACAUCCUUUAGCAUAGAUCCAUCGCCCCGGGUAGGCUCCAUAAACAAAAAAUCCUCCAUCAUAUCCUAAAUCAUAUCAUGUCAUGUUAUGUACAUAUACCAACUCCGGUCAGGCCUUAUCUACCAAACUUCCUAAUCUCCACCCAUCUCAGCCCGCAAUAUGAAAUUGCCGAAAAAGCAAAGGCUAGCUCAAAUCCUACAUCCCCUCCAUAGUCCAUGCCGCAGAGCUUUCCAAUGGGUCCUGUGAACCACACCUGUGCCAUCCCUAAUACUGCGCCCAUGACCCCAAAGAGAAAUGCUACCGUUGCCGCGAUUCCCGGGGGCAGUCGACUCGCAUCCAUGUAAUUCUCCGGU